CAUUCAUCAAACGGUGACACUCCUUCUACUCCUGGGCAAGCCUCCUUUCUCCUCGCUCUGACUCAGCUCCCUUGUUUUGAUCAUACAAUAAAUUGUGAUUGUAUUGGGAUGAAACCACAAACAGGAAUAGGGUUGUGGGUGUGAGGUGAGUGAUCACUCUUCAGAUAACUCGUUUGUUUCAUUUGGGUUAGAUUGUUACCAGCAUCUCUCAACUCCUUUUGAUCAUCAGUAUAUGGCAUGGUGGACUGUGUUUUAUUUUUAGGUAAGAACUUGAUUCCGGGUUUCAGAACUUGCUUUCAGUAGUGUCAUUUUUCUGUUCUGCGGGUAAAGUAGGUGUAAUAAAGCUGGAUGCUUUGUUCUAAAAUGUAUUGUAAUACAUUCUUCUUUGCAUAUUUUGAGAUCAAUUGAGAAUUUGCGAGAUUACCACCCUAUGGGGGGAAUUUGUUCAAGGAAAGGAGAUCAACAGGUUGUUGAAGAUGGUAUACAAAGAGGGGUCUCCAGAUUGUAUUUGAGAAGUGGCAGUUCAAAGUGGUUGCGGAACUCGUUUCCUCACCCUGCAAUGGAAACUAAUCCAGGAGGAGUUCGUUGUCCAUCUCUCAUGGAGUUGUGCAUAUAUAAAAUAUGUGAGAAUAUUAACAAAUAUACUUCAUUCUCAAAGCUGCCAAGAGAUAUAAGCCAACAAAUCUUCAAUGAAUUAAUAUUUUCUCAUGGUCUUACUGAUGCUUCUGUGGAAGCUUUCCGAGAUUGUGCUUUACAGGAUGUUUUUUUGGGUGAAUAUCCUGGAGUGAAGGAUAGUUGGAUGGAUGUUAUUGCCUCACAGGGGUUGUCUUUACUCUCUGUUGAUCUUUGUGGUUCUGAUGUCACAGAUACUGGGUUGGGUCUCUUAAAAGAUUGUACCAACAUCCAAGCAUUAACCUUUAACUGUUGUGACAAAAUUUCAGAACUUGGACUGAAACAAAUUAGUGGUUUUUUGAACUUGACAUCCUUGAGUUUUAAAAAGACCAAUGGUAUCACUGCUGAAGGGAUGCGUGCCUUAUCCAACUUAGUGAACUUGGAAAAGCUGGACUUGGAGAGGUGUUCAGGGAUUCAUGGAGGAUUCUGUCAUCUUAAAGGUUUGAUGAAACUAGAGUCCCUAAAUAUCAAGUGUUGUAAGUGUGUUACAGAUUCGGACAUUAAGUCUUUCUCAGGUCUUACUAAGUUGAAGGAGUUACAAAUUUCCAACUGUAACAUUACAGAUUUUGGAAUUUCUUAUUUAAGAGGUUUUCACAAGCUUGUUUUAUUGAACCUGGAAGGAUGUGGUGUUACUGCUGCAUGUUUGGACUCAAUCUCAGCUCUUGAAGCCCUGGCAAGCUUAAAUCUUAAUAGAUGUGAUCUAUCAGAUGAUGGAUGUGAUAAGUUUUCUGGACUAAAAAACUUGAAAGGAUUGAGCUUGGCAUUCAACAAUAUAACAGAUGCUUGCUUGGUGCAUCUGAAAGGUUUAACAAAUCUGGAGAGCUUGAACUUGGAUUCAUGUAAGAUUGGUGAUGAGGGGCUUGCUAAUUUGACAGGCCUUACACUCUUGAAAAUUCUUGAGCUGUCUGAUACAGAAGUUGGAAGCAAUGGGCUCUGCCAUCUAUCUGGUCGGGACUCCAUCUCUACGUACCAUCUGAUAAUUUUUUGCUUAUUGAAUGGAUGGGCUGAUUUAUGCGAUUCCCUAUUCUUAGGUCUGAUUCAUCUGGAGAGCCUAAAUCUGUCAUUCACCUUGGUAACUGACAGUGGUUUGAAAAAAUUGUCUGGAUUGACAUCUCUUAGAUCUCUUAAUCUGGAUGUACGCAAUGUAACAGAUGCUGGGCUUGCAGUUCUGACAAGUUUGACUAAAUUGACAGAUCUGGAUCUAUUUGGGGCACGCAUUUCAGACUCUGGAACAAAGAGUUUACGAUGCUUCAAGAACCUCCAAUCCCUUGAAAUAUGUGGUGGAGGUUUAACUGAUUCUGGUGUGAAGAAUAUUAAGGAACUUGCCUCUUUGAAGCUGUUGAACCUGUCACAAAAUUAUGAUCUGUCAAACAAAUCCCUGGAAAUGAUUUCUGGACUGACUGCAUUGAUAUCGUUAAAUGUUUCAAGUUCUCAAAUAACCAAUGAAGGGCUGCAGUAUCUGAAGCCUCUGAAGAAUCUUCGCUCAUUAUCUCUGGAGUCCUGCAAGGUGACAGCAUCUGAAAUCAAGAAACUGCAGAUAGCUUCCCUUCCUAAUCUUGUCAAUUACCGGCCAGAGUAGACAUGGUGUGAUUGUAAAUGGCCUUCUAGUCAACUCAGUAUACUUUAUGUACAGGUUAAUAACUUAAAAAUAAUUGUGUGCCAUGAGCAUGGAUGACUCUGGUGGAACAGUGAUAAGUAUUUAGACAGCCUAUAAUAUAUAUGGAAGAAUCAGAUAUGUAUAUAUGAUGGCUUGCAGUUGAUUCUGAAUUUCUUACUGUAAAAAGUUGUACAUGGGAGACUUAUGUUAAAGCAAACUGCAUGUGUACCCUGAAAUGGUUCUCAGAGUACCAAAUGAUAAAUGUGCCAAUGGUUUUAGUUACAAA